CAUCAGACUCACACGAGUAUUGAGCAAUAUGCGCGGUCAUGUGAUCGAGUGCACGCGCGCGCAGUGAUCAGCUGCUCUUGAUCACAUGACUCGAUCUCUCAGCUGAGCAGCAGCAGCAUGGCAUCCUCACAGCAGAAGGCAGUGUAUUGGCUGGGAAAUGAUACCCUGAGAGUAUCGGCCGCCCUGUUUGCAGAAAACCGAGAUCGUUUGUGUCGAGGCCUGAAAGCUGAGAAGGAUCUGAAGGCUGGAUCUGUGGUGGUUCUUCAGGGAGGAGAGCAGAAGCAGAGAUACUGCACCGACACCGACGAGAUCUUCAGACAGGAGUCGUUUUUCCACUGGACCUUCGGUGUGACGGAGGCCGACUGCUAUGGCGCCAUCGACGUGAACUCCAAGAAAUCCAUCCUGUUUGUUCCCAAGCUGCCGGAGAGCUACGCCACAUGGAUGGGCGAGAUCUACCCGCCUGAACACUUCAAGGAGAAGUACGCCGUAGAUGAGGUGCAUUACACCACUGACAUUGCUGAUGUGCUGAAAAAAAUGAAGCCAAGUGUCCUCCUCACGCUGCGAGGAGUGAACACUGACAGCGGCAGCACCUGUCGUGAAGCGUCCUUUGAAGGCAUCAGCCAGUUUCAGGUGAAUAAUUCCCUGCUGCACCCUGUGAUUGUGGAGUGUCGUCUUCAGAAGACUGACAUGGAGCUGGAAGUUCUGCGCUACACCAACCGCAUUUCCAGUGAAGCCCACAAAGAGGUGAUGAAACGCGUGAAGCCGGGCCUGAAAGAGUAUGAGAUGGAGAGUCUGUUCCAGCACUACUGUUACUCUCGCGGAGGGAUGCGUCACACCUCGUACACCUGCAUCUGCGGAAGUGGGAAUAACUCCUCCGUCCUGCAUUACGGACACGCUGGAGCUCCCAAUGACAAAACCAUCCAGGAUGGAGACAUGUGUCUGUUUGACAUGGGCGGAGAGUAUUACUGCUACUCCUCCGACAUCACCUGCUCCUUCCCGGCCAACGGCAAGUUCACCGCCGACCAGAGAGCCAUUUAUGAAGCCGUGCUGAAGUCCUCCAGAGCCGUGAUGGCCGCCAUCAAACCAGGUGUGAAGUGGACGGACAUGCAUCGUCUGGCUGACCGGGUUCACCUGGAGGAGCUGGUUCGGAUCGGGAUCCUGCGUGGGAAGGUGGAGGAGAUGCUGAAGGUUCAUCUGGGCUCCGUGUUCAUGCCGCACGGACUGGGUCACCUGCUGGGCAUCGACGUCCACGACGUGGGAGGAUAUCCAGAGGGCACCGAGCGCGUGGACGAGCCGGGGCUGAAGAGUCUGCGGAUGGGCCGUGUGGUGCAGGAGCGCAUGGUCCUCACGGUGGAGCCGGGAAUCUAUUUCAUCAACCACCUGCUGGAUAAAGCGCUCAACUCCCCGGAUCAGUGCGGCUUCAUCAACAACGACGUCCUGAAUCGCUUCCGCGGCUUCGGCGGGGUGCGCAUCGAGGAUGAUAUCGCUGUGACGGCUGACGGCGUGGAGCUGCUGACCUGCGUUCCUCGAACCGUGGAGGAGAUCGAGGCGUUCAUGGCGGAGGAAACGUCCAAACCCUUCAGUGCCAUCAGCAGCCAGAAAUUCUGAGAUGAUGAUUAUGAUUAUUAUGAUGAUGACACUCCUUUCUUCAGCAUAUCAGUCUUUAACCUUUAUCAAAGUAAAUGAGUCUUUGAUAUUUCAUUAUAAAGGGAAUCACAUGACAGCUUCUGUUUGUCUGACGUCUCUUAUAGAAAUCAGCAUCAAAUGAAUCACAGGAUCAUUUCUGCUUUCAUGAAGCAGCUGUGCAACAUUUUCAGAGUUUGAGAUUCUUAAUAAAAGCAGCUCUGAACUUUAUUUAGCCUCACUUUACUCAGUUCAUUUGCUUUUUAUCCUGUAUACUUUGUGCAAGUUUGUAAGAAAAUGCAAUGCUUAUUUUUAAUAAACAUCUGAUUUUUCUAGCAUCA